CAUUCUCCUACUUUUUUCAUGAGCGAAGGAGAGUUUCUUGCAGGCAGACAUGCGCGUAAACUUAGCGUCAUUAAAAAUGGACUGUUUAUCUCGUUAUCUUGUUUUAUAGUUACUUGUGUCUUAAAAUGUAUGAUCGUACAUUCGACUUAAAAGUUACUCAUUCCGUCACCGUUUGUAGCAGCUGCCAAUUAUGGACUAAGUUAGCUCGCGUUUAACAGUGAGCUAGCUUUUAGCCUCCGAGUUUUGGAGCAUAAACAACGUUGAAUUGACAUUUUCAAAGCGACACCAUGGCCGACCUUGAGCAGUGGGUCAACGACCGGCUGCAUGACAUCUUGGGCCUGAGCGACCGAUAUGUUGCUCAGUUCAUGAUCGGCAUUGCCCGGAAGGCGAGCAGCUCUCAGGACUUUGUGAGCAGGCUCCAGCAGACAGGCACCAUCGACAUCGACCAGAGCAUCACCACCUUUGCGCAUGAGCUGUUCGACAAAAUUCCUCGCAAGCAGGUCGUGGAAAAAGCCUCCCGGGUGAUGGAGCGCCAGGCCAUCGAGAUGGACAGGAAGAAUCGCACGUACACUUUGCUGGAGGAUAGCGACAGCGAAGAGGACAUCGUUGUGGAGAAGCAGCGUGGGACUAAGAAGAAGAACAAAGAGAAGGACGGAGGGAGCAAAAGGAAGAACAUCCGGCGGAAGAAGGAGAGCGAGUCGUCCAGCGAAGAAGAAGCGCCUGUUAGCAGGGCUCAGUCGAGCAAGGAUGACAACUCGGCUAUCAAGAAUGAAGAUCAUGAAGAAGAAGAGUGGGAGAAAGAAGAGCGGGAGCGACUACACGACAUCGAGGAGCGCGACGCCUUUGCCGAACGCGUCAAGCUGAGAGACAAAGAUAAGACGAGGCACAUCGCGGAGAGGACGGACAAAAAGGCUUACGAGGAGGCUCAGAAGAGACUGAAGUUGGCUGAAGAUGAUCAGAGAAACAUGUUGCCCGAGUUGCGGAAGCAGUCCCGCCGCGAAUACCUGAAGAAGCGUGAGGAGGAAAAGCUGGAGGACCUGGAGGCGGAACUCGUCGACGAGGAGUACCUGUUUGCCUCGGACGACCUGACCGAGCGUGAGAAGAAGGAGGUGGAGUACAAGCAAACACUGCGAGACCUGGCGAAGGACUACAAGAAGGCCGGAGCAAAGGAGCUGGAGGAGAGGAAGAACAGAUACUACAUACCGGAGGAGAUCAGGAGAAAGGAGGUGCCCCAGAAGGAGUUGGAGCUAGAGGAGGAGCCCCUCAUGGAGCUGGGCGGCGAGCAGGGUCGCUGGGAGGAGGAGCGGCUCAAGACGGCCUCGCUCAGCUUCGGUGCCAAGAAGGAGCGCGAGCAGGGCGUCAGGCGCCAACAGGAGAAGUACCAGCUCAUCCUGGAGGAGGACGAGAUGAUCGACUUUGUCAGCACCGCCAUCACCAUGAAAGGGACUUUGAUGGAGGACGAGACUCCGGCCUUGUCCCAGGCAGAGCUGAAGAAGCAGUCCAUGCAGGAGGUCCGCCGCAGCCUCCCCAUCUUUCCAUACAGAGAGGACCUGCUAGCUGCCAUCCACGAGCACCAAGUUCUGGUCAUCGAGGGCGAGACGGGCUCGGGAAAGACUACACAAAUCCCACAGUACCUCUUUGAGGAUGGUUUCACCAAAGGAGGGAUGAAGAUCGGAUGCACGCAGCCUCGCCGAGUAGCCGCCAUGUCGGUGGCCGCUCGGGUGUCGCAGGAAAUGAGCGUCAAGCUCGGUAAUGAGGUGGGCUACAGUAUCCGUUUUGAGGACUGCACAUCAGAGAGGACGAUCAUCAAGUACAUGACAGACGGCAUGCUGCUACGGGAGUUUCUCACCGAGCCCGACCUCGCCAGCUACAGUGUGAUCAUCAUCGACGAAGCUCACGAGCGAACCCUCCACACGGAUAUCCUGUUUGGCCUCAUCAAGGACAUCGGCAGGUUCCGUCCCGAAUUGAAGGUGCUGGUGUCAAGCGCCACACUGGACACGGCGCGCUUCUCCACCUUCUUCGACGACGCGCCCGUCUUCAGGAUCCCCGGCAGGAGAUUCCCCGUGGACAUAUUCUACACUAAAGCUCCGGAGGCUGACUACAUGGAAGCGUGUGUGGUGUCAGUGCUGCAGAUCCACGUCACGCAACCUCCUGGAGAUAUUCUGGUCUUCCUCACUGGACAGGAGGAUAUCGAGACAUGCUGCGAGCAGCUCCAAGACCGAUGUCGGCGACUGGGCUCUAAAAUCGCCGAGCUGCUCGUCCUGCCCAUCUACGCCAAUCUGCCCUCUGACAUGCAGGCCAAGAUCUUCAGCCCCACGCCGCCCGGUGCACGCAAGGUGGUGGUGGCGACCAAUAUUGCGGAAACCUCCUUGACCAUUGACGGCAUCAUCUAUGUCAUCGACCCGGGUUUCUGCAAGCAGAAGAAUUACAUCGCCCGGACCGGGAUGGAAUCGCUUAUCGUCAUGCCUUGCUCUCGGGCGUCGGCCAGUCAGAGAGCAGGCCGCGCCGGCAGAGUGGCCGCCGGCAAAUGCUUCAGGCUCUACACGGCGUGGGCCUACAAACACGAGAUGGAGGACAUGACCGUGCCCGAAAUUCAGAGGACCAACCUGGGAAAUGUGGUGCUGCUGCUCAAGAGUUUGGGUAUCAAUGACCUUCUCCACUUUGACUUCAUGGACCCGCCGCCGCACGAGACGCUUCUGAUGGCUCUGGAGCAGCUUUACGCCCUCGGAGCACUCAACCACUUAGGAGAGCUCACCACGUUGGGUCGCAGGAUGGCCGAGCUGCCUGUGGACCCCAUGCUGAGCAAGAUGAUCCUCGCCUCUGAGCAGUACAAGUGUUCUGAGGAGGUUCUCUCAAUCGCCGCCAUGCUCUCAGUAAACAACGCAAUCUUCUACCGGCCCAAGGACAAGGCGGUGCAUGCUGACAACGCCAGGAUGAACUUUGUGGUGCCCGGCGGGGAUCACCUGGUCCUGCUGAAUGUCUACACGCAGUGGGUGGAGAGCGGCUACUCGACACAGUGGUGCUACGAAAACUUCAUCCAGUUUCGCUCCAUGAGGCGAGCGCGGGACGUGCGGGACCAGCUGGAGGGCCUGAUGGAGCGCAUAGAGGUGGAGAUGGUCAGCUCGCAGGGUGACUCCAUGCCUAUCCGUAAGUCGGUGACAGCGGGCUACUUCUACCACACGGCGCGGCUCAGCAAAGGAGGCUACAGGACGGUGAAACAUCAGCAGACCGUCUACGUCCACCCGAGUAGUUCGCUGUUUGAUGAGCAGCCCCGAUGGCUCAUUUACCACGAGCUGGUCAUGACCACUAAGGAGUUCAUGAGACAGGUGGUGGAGAUCGAGAGCGGCUGGCUUCUGGAAGUGGCUCCUCACUACUACAAGAGUAAAGAAGUGGAGGAUAGCAACAACAAGAAGAUGCCCCGCAACCAGGGCAAGGCCAAGGAGGAACUGGGUUGAAAGCCACCGACCCGAUUACGACGGCACACUGGCACAUGGGCCAAUUCGCAGGCGUUAGUGGACAUGGGGGGGAAGAAAAAAAAAAAAAAAAAUGGACAUGCCCAAACAGCCUGAACACAAAGCUGUGAUGAAUAGAGAUUCCACCCUAAAGUGGCUCCCGAACGGUUUAAUUAUAAACCCGAUUGCCUGCGGCGAUAACGUACGAUUCACCGGGCUCAUUAGUGACGCUUUGCUACCCACACUUGAAUUGUUGUCCUGAUUGCUGAAAAGCAAUAAAUGUUUUUUACCGCUA